AUAAGUAGUAUAUUUGUAUACUUAUUUCUUUAAUGCUACAGAAGUGUAAACAAAGUUCUAUUUUUUGCAAUAUGUAUUACACAACUUUUAAUAAUUCUUUUUUAUCUUAUUAUGAAAUCUCGUGUCUACCUUUUGUAGCCACCAAGAGUCCAGGAUUAACAGGACUAAGCUAGAUUUAAAUCUUUAAACAAUAACCAUAAACAUCACCAUUAUCUUCUAUGAAAUAUCUGUUGUAUGAGAAAAUACAAGAUAAACAUUAAUUGCUUGUUGACUAUGACAUCCUGCAUAGAUAACGUAAUAAAAAAAACUUUAGAGCUUCUCAUAUUGUAUGAAGAAGGAUUCAAUGAGCUGGGAGCUAACAGAUUAUUGAAUUGGUGUUGUUUGUACAUAGUGAUGUGUGUAUACAUUGUGAUUAUAAGGCAGAUGUUUUUUGUUGUGAUUUGAAGAACUUUCUUUGUGAAAAUAAAUGAAAGAAAAAUAUAUAGUUUAAAGAAUAAACAAAAAACUCAUAUCUCAUAUAUAUAAUUUAAAAUAAUGUAUAUUGAGGAAUAAAAAACCAGGACAAUAUUUUGGAAUAUUUGUUAAAAUAUGGAGUUGGACUUAGAUGAAGGUUUUGUGGUGGGCAAUAAUGAAGAUUAUGAAAGGGAGUGUGCAGACCAAACAAAGAAAAACAUUAUGUCUGGGGUUAAUAGAGAUAUGUUACCUGCAAAGUUUAGUUAUAUCUUUCUAUAUUUGAGUAUUGGAUGUUAUCACCCCUACCUAAUUGUAUUUCUUAAGUCAAUUGGUAUAUCGGUCAGUAAUGCGGGAGUAGUUGCUGGAAUACGCAUGCUAGUGUCUUGCUUUGCAAGUUCCUGUUUUAAUGCCAUUGGUGACUUUACACAUCGCAAUAUGUGUAUAUUUUGGUUUCUCUGUAUUGCGUCUACAUUGAUGAUAUUUCCAUUGCCAUGGAUAGUUCAAGAUGCACUAAGCGCUGUAGCACGUAAGAACUGCUCAGGAGAUUCAUUUACAGGAAAAACUAUAAAUAAGGACACUCUAAUGGCUAAUUGUCAUAAAAACAUGUUAUUCUUUAUCAUGUUAGCGGUCAACAUUGUGAAUGCUAUAUUUACGCAACCAAUUGCUCCGUAUCUGGAUCCUGUGGUAGUAGCUCUUGUAAAGAAAAAGAAGAACAUAUCUUUCACACAACAGAGAAUAUUUGGUGCCAUAGGAUUUGGUAUUGGUGCUUUGUUAGCUGGAAUUGCUUCAGAUAAUCUUGACCCUUCAGGCAUGCCAAAUUAUUCUGCUGUUUUUUUCAUUUACUUGCCUUCAAUGAUCAUGUUAAUAAUUAGUAGUUUAUUCUUAUUUAAACAGUAUAAAGCACAGAGAUCUGGAGACGGGCACAGUAAUAACAAAAAUGUAGGAGAGCAAUUCGUCUUGAUUGUAAAAACAUGCAUUAAGUGGAGACAUUUUGUGUUUUUGUUGACAAUCCUUGUCGUAGGAGCAGCCAAUGGCUUAUUGUACUUAUUUACAUUUUUAUUGCUGGAAGAACUGGAUGCAUCUAAAACUCUAAUGGGUUUUAGCAUCUUGUUUCUAUGUGUGGCUGAGCUGAUCAUGUUUCCUCUGUCUGAAAAAAUUAUUAAAUUGUGUAAAGGACCCUAUGUAUGUGUAUUAAUCAGCGUGUUUUCCUACUUUCUUCGAUUUAUGCUGUAUUCAUUGAUUCACAAACCCUGGUUGAUCCUUCCAAUACAGUUUCUUCAUAGCUUUGGUUAUGCAUUGUUUUGGGAAUCAGCAUUUAAAAUCAUUGAAAUGACAACACCCAAAAAAAUAUUAUUGCCCAUGCUUGCAUUUACUCAAAGUUUAUUUUUCGAUUUUGGAUUUAUGAUUGCUUUUAUAACUGGAGGUUUUGCUUAUGAUAGAUACAAAGGAAAACUACUUUUCCGUGGAGCAUCUUACAUUGCACUGUUAUGGACUGCAAUUAUGUCGAUUAUGUUCUGUUUUACGCUGAGUGACAAAAAGACAUGCGAGAGAGUUGAUACAGAAAUGGAACUAAUUACCCCAUCUUAAUAAUUUAUGUCUUCUAUAAACUUACUGGUAAAUUUAUUGUCGCUGGAAAAAAGGUCAAUACAUUAAAGUAUUUUAUUGACACAAAUAUGUUGUUUUAACCUGCUAAAGGGUUUCAUCAACAUUUCCAAAUGUAAAUAUUUUAUGUUGUUUAGGUAAUUGGAGAAGUCCCUGAAAACUUGGAGUAUAUUUUUUACGUUGUUUUUAUUUUAUUUUUUCCCACUAUGUUUGUUAUUUUUAUGUUAUUUUUAUCCAUCCAAAAAAAUAUAAUUCUAAGAAUGUUAUCAUUAACUUUUUUGAAAUAACAAUAAUAAUAAUUUUUUGUUUUCUGAAUCAGUUUUAUAUUUAUUCAGCUGAGGCCAUUCUUUAGGAAUUUAAAGUUACCACCACCAUUAAAAAGAUUUAUUGAUAAAUUAAAAAGGUUUUUUUGGAAAAGAUGAUGACGUCAGCAUUAAUUUUUUGAUGUUAUACGUUUCUCAAUUUAGUCAUUUUGUUCUUCUUCGAAUUUCUCUUCUCCCCCCACAAUAAACAAAACCGAAAACACCCCUAGUGGUAAAUUUAAAAAUAAAACAGAAAAAUAAAAACAGGUAUUUCAUUUGCUAAUCUGGGUUAUGAUUCUUUCUUUUUAUUUCAAUUAAUCAAACCAAAAAAUUAAAAUUUAAAAGACUAUACAUUUGUGGAUGUACAAAUUUGUGUGGUGGUUUGGUAUGUAAGACGAACAAGCAUAAUGUUUUUUUUAACAGUAUCUUUUUCAAUCAACUAUCUGCAACCUCUUUCAAAUAUAUAUUUUUUUAUAUAUAUAAAAUUUAGCACAGAAAUGCUGCAUCGACAUAAAAAUGUCAACGUUAUGUUUUUUUAACCCAAGCAAUGUUGUAUUUUAUUUACAAGUGGUUUUAAAAAUAGACCAGUAGAUGAA